CGUGAAUGUGCAGAUACUUUUACUCAAAUGAAUGGAUGCACCUGGAAGUUCUGUCAGCAUGGGCGAUUCAGAAUUCAGUGACAGCAAUGAAGAAGAGCUGAAAACUCUUUUACCAUUUCUGGGAACAGAAGAAAAAGAAGACAAAGCUGGUCAGCACUCUAACAUAAAAGGCCAUCAUGAAGAACACAAACUUGAAGAGUCAGGUGUUGGUGGCAAGAUGGGAAACCACCUUUCUGAAGGAGUUGAAGAUGAGGCUGAUUCUAGCACGUAUGAGGUGUGGCAAAUGGAAUCCGAGCGGGCAAAAUCUGAAAGCUUCAAUGAAGGACUUGAAAAAGAUGAAGAUGAGCUAGAUAUACAGUACCAAAAACAAGCAGAAAGGCGGAUUCGGAGGGAAAAAAGAGCAGCUCUGUGUGCAGAACAAAACCAAAAAGCUAGAGAAAAAAAAGAUGAGGAAACCCAGAAAGAAUGUGAAGAAAAACAUAAAGAAAUGCUUGAAGAUAUUCAAAGGAACCAUGAAAAAGCAGUCCGCUUCCUGAGGAAAACAACGGCAAGAAUUCAUGAGAAAAAUGCAGAAGAAGAACUGAAGUCUCGGGAGCAUAUGGAAAGAAGGAUACAAGCUGUGCUUUCCCUGAAAAACAGCAUAACUUCCAACAGGGAAAGCCUCCAAACCCUCCAGAUAGGGAAAAAAGCAAGGGCCUUUGAGGCAAAAAAGCAAGAGAUGAAAAUGAGAGAAGCUGUCCUAGCAGAAGGAGGCAAUGUUACCAAGGAAGUCAUUCUUCACAAACGACUGCUGGAAUAUGAAAAAGAGAAACAAGCUUUUGCAGAACAGCAAAAAUCUAGAAGAACUGAGAUUGUAGCUAGAAUUUUGCAAGAAGAUGUUUACUUUCGCAAGCAGAAAAACAGUCAAAUAACUAUGAAGGCAGUUAAAAGGGCUGAUAAGCUUGAGGAUUCUUUGCUUUGGAGAAUGAGAACAUGGCAAUAUAUUGAGAACACAUGCCAGCACUCAGCUGCAGCACUACCACAGUUGUGGUACCCUUCAUCAGUUUGCUGCUCAGCUAAUGAGAGAACUACUUCUGUACAAGAAGUUCCCGAAAAAGUGUGCCAUGAUGUGUCUCGUGAAAGUAAAGAAGAUGAGAAAGACAGGGACAAGCCUCAAGCUGAACCAGAGUUUCCAGGACUUUGGGAUUGGGGAUAUGGUUUUCACAAGGAACCCAAAGAAGAAAGAGAACCAAAGCUAUUGGCCUCAAGGAUGAUGAGAAGUGAGAUUUUUGGAAAAAAGAUGGGGAAACUGCAAACUGGAAUCGUUCACAAGCAAACAGAUGCUGCUCGUGAAUGUGAGGGAUGUCCUUUUUAUAGUAAACCAAACCUCAUUCAUUUCAAGGAUUUUGAUGUUGGUAAAAUCUACAAAAAGAAGAUAGUUUUGACAAAUGCAUCCUACAGUGUUAACUUCUGCAGACUUGCGGGAAUCAGUGAAUGGCUCAAGGACUUCAUCACUAUUCAUUUUGAUCCACCUGGCCAAAUGUCUGCUGGAAUAUCCUGUGAAGUAGGGGUAACAUUUAAGCCAAUGAUAAAUGAAACUCUUGAAGGAGAGAUCACAUUUAUGGCACAAACAGGUUCUUUUUCUGUUCCACUUAAGUGUACAACCAAGAAAUGCAUUUUGGCACUAGAUAAAGAACUGAUCGACUUUGGCACUCAAGUUGUCGGGGAAAGAAUUUCACGGGCUAUCACCCUAACAAACUGUGGAGCUCUGGGGACACGAUUCAAAGUUCAGAUGUCAUCAGGUGACAGUAGCAUAACCAGAGAAACAGCAAAGUCUUUUGGAAGAAUGACUAGUCAACAGUUCAGUGAAUAUGUCCUUGAAGAAGAAGUCCAUAUUAGUCCUAUGAAAUCUCUGUAUAAGAAAAAGGAUGAAACUUCUCAUGACCAUAGUGAAGAAAUAGCUCAUUGUGUAACGCAGGUGGAGCAGCAGAGGACAGAAACAAGCCUGAGCAGCAGUUCUAUAGAAGAGCUGAAUAAAGAUGCAUUAAACUCCAAAUCAGAUCUAGAAGCAGAUGAUGCAGAGAACUUGGUGGAAUCUUCUCUUGAAGAAGCACCAACUGAAAUUAUGCUGGGCAAGGUUACUGAAGGUGAAAUUGGACCCUUCAGCUCCGUCAAGCUUCAGAUCAUAUUUAUCCCAGCUAUCCCUGGGGAUGUACGGGAAGAGUUUGUGGUUACAUUUGACAACUCAUCCUGCAAGCCACUGUACUUUAGUGCCACUGGAGUUUCUAUUGAUGUGCCAGUUUGGGUGCCCAAUCCAAACAUUGAUUUAAAGAUCUGUAUGUACGACCGACUUUAUCAAGAUUGCAUUGUCAUUCAAAGCAGAGCAAAAGCCGCACUGCGCUUGACAUUUGAAGUAUGCAGAGAAUUGACUAAACAUAUGGAGCUUCUGCCAAAAACAGGUUACAUUCAAGCUCAGUCGUCCUUCAGCGUGCAGCUGAAGUUUCUGCCCAGGCACUCUCUUCCUGAAGAUGCAGGGAACUAUUUUGACAAGGAGACGAGAGUUCUGGAAGUUCCAAUGACAAUAUCGAUUGCAGACAAGACUAAACCUGUAACUUUUACUGUCCAUGCAAUUGUUACUACUUCUGAUCUCGAAAUCAGUCCCGCAGAAAUAAAUUUUGGAUACUGCACUAUCUAUGAAGCUGUGCAAACAAAUAUCACACUAACAAACAAAUCCAUCUUGCCACAAGAGUUUGGAUUUGUGGGACUUCCAGAGUUUGUUGAAAUUCAACCCAAUGAUGGACUUGGCAUUCUUCUUCCUCUUGAAAGCCUAACAUUAGAUAUAAUCUUUAAAGCCAACAAGGCAAAGGAAUACAACUUUGAACUAACCUGCAAGUCGGAGAUUAACAGACAAUUCAAGCUGUCAUGCAAAGCUGUUGGAGUCCACCCACCUCUUGAAUUGUCUCAUUCCUUAGUCCAGUUUGCUGCAACAGCUUUAAAUGGUGUAUCUACAGCAACACUCUAUGUAAUAAAUUCCCAUAUAAGUGUCMACCACUUCACUCAUGCUGUCCCAAGAAUUGGCAAUGGGGAAAUGGCCCGUGUUGGACCCACUUCCUUUGAAUUCCACGUGCCAGAAGAUUGUCCUGUGACAAUUGCACCUUCUGUUGGGACUGUGUUGCCUGGGAAGAAAAGCUUAAUUCAAGUGUCCUUCAGACCAACAUUGUCAGAUCAGCUAAUCAGAGAAGAGGCAAUUCGGCUCUGCAGAGCAGCUGUGGCAAGGGCAGAAAUACAAGCAAGAAAGAAAAAUGAGAGGAGAGAGAUAAAGAAAUCAUGCACUUCCUUUAUCAGACACCAAUCUUCAAGACAGCUUGCAAGAGACAGAGGCAGUAAAUACUUGAAUCCUGUGCAUAGUUCUGAGCCACCAAAAUCUGAAGAGCUAGAACCGAAUUCUGAAGAUUUUAUGUUAGCCCAGACUUUGCUGAUCAGGAAUUUCAGAGGGAGUUUUGAAAAAUACAUUAUACCCUGCUUUGUUGCAAGUGGAGACACUGAGGGAAGGAGAAGCUGUGAAGAUCUAAACUGCAGUCCCUAUAAUACAUUGUAUCUGGAGCUGCACUGUCCGGCUGUAGCACCAUCUGUUGUGGUCACUUCAGAUAAUGGGAAAAACGCAGUCAAUUUUGGCGAUGUUGCAAUAGGCCAUAGAAGAAUCAAACAAAUUACAAUACAAAAUAUCUCCUCAGAGAAGCUGGAACUAGGAUUCUCAAUUCUGAAUCCCAGUGGUCCUUUCUUGUUGAUCAGACCAGCUCGAAUGCUUCAGCCAGGGGGAAAUAAAACUCUUAUCAUCUCUUUUUGUCCAAAUGAGGAUAAAUGGUUUUUUGAAACCCUGGACAUCUGGACUGUAAAAACCAGUCUAACCCUAAGCAUCAUUGGUCACGGGGUGACACCAUCAAUCGUGUGCUCUGUGGAAGAAGUCCUCGAUAUGGGAUAUGUCAUAGCCAAAGAGAAAGCGACCUCCACGUUCAAGAUACAGAACACUUCCACACUGAACCUGAGAUACUCCAUACAACUGGAUUCACUUUCUUGCACAAGGGAUAAGGAUCAGCAGAGGCUUCCCUCCUUCAUGACAUCUUCUGUGCAAAGAACGGAUCUUGUUGGAACACAGAACUAUAAUGGUUUAAGUGUGUUCAGCAUCUUUCCAAUGGAAGGAGAAAUUAUUGCUGGGAAGAGCCAGGAUUUUAUUGUCACUUUCAGUCCUGAUCAUGAAAGUCUCUAUUAUUCUGACUGUCUGAAGGUUGUGCUCUUUGGCAAGGAAGUAGCCCAUGUGAUCUGCUUGAAAGGUGCAGCAAGAAACUAUCCAAUGUUUGUGGAAGGGGGAAUUCCACUAGAUGUGCCCGUGGAGACCUUGGCUGUGACACUGCCUGUGUCAUCACAGGAAGCAGCAAAGGGAGAGCUGCAAGAACCAGUGAGAUCCAUCCUGCUUGUCCUGGAGUAUGUGGAGGGAGAGAGUUCGGUAGUGCCGGCAGUGGCAGAAUUGCAAGUUGGAGCUAUCCGGACAGCUCAGUUUGCAUCCAAGAAGAGCGUGGAGUUCGGCUUCGAGAACCUGCCGCUGCUGCAGCAGAGGGGAUUCACCCUUGAUGCUCCAAAGGGGACAGUCGAGCGUGGUCAAGUAAAAAGCAUCAGUGUUUCGUGGGUGCCACCUGCUGACUUCCAAGCAGAUGGCCCUCUGAUUGUGACAACCCUACUGACAUUAAAAGGCGACAUUAAGGAGUCUUAUCAAAUCCUCUUCAUGGCAAAAGUUGCAUCUGCACAUACUCCCCCUGAGCAAGGAAAAUAAACUAAAAGGAAAGGAAGAUGGUGGAGGUUUAUAUUAUUGGCAAACCAUUGGAUCUCAGCUGGAAAAUGGAAGAUGUGUGACUGGGGUGGAGAGGCAGGCGGGAAGGCAACGUAGUAUUUCUGCUCUUCUCCAGCAAACUGUGUAUGAACUCUGGUUCUACUGGUUUUAUUUCCAAGCUGCCUCUGACACCAACCUUACAGCGGAAGGAGAAAUUAACGUGGGGAAGGGCAGUGCAAGUAGCCACAUCUGCUAUUAAUCCCAGUGUCAUCCAAAGGUUGGCAUUCCUUCAGGAACUGUAUCUUUUUUACAUCUAGAAGUCUGAGUUUCAUACAAUGUACUUUUUUUCC